CAUUCAUAAGGCACCUAUGAGAGGUGAACGGGUCGAGGGUCAGGACAUGGCAGGUGACCGAUUCCGGAAGGUGUCACGUGUGCCGCCGAAGAAUACGAUUGGCAGAGUCCCCGCUCAUUGCUGUGAGGGUUGAGCGCUCUGUCUCCCAUUCUCUCUCGUUAUUUUCACGACGCCGAGAAACAAGAACACGAUGGGCUGCUGUUCUGGCUGUCAGCCGCCACCUGCUCCCUCCUUCACGGAGCAGCAGAGGGCUGACGAGGAACAAGAUGUCAGCGACCGCCUUCCGGAGCAGGACAACGCCACGGCACGCCUGGAGCCUGACUGCUGCAAGGGUAAAACAUCGCCUUGCUGUGACAUCUCUUGUUUGGACCGUCUCGCCCUGCGUGCUUGCCAUGAUGGUGGCUCAAAACACAAGGGUCAAGCUCAAAACCGUCGCUCAAGCUUAUCAUGCCGUGGACGAAAGAGCAAACGACCCUGUGGCCACCAUGCACGCAAGACAAGAGAUUCAUACGCAGCCACACUGGAGGCUCUUGGUUGUAUUUGCCGCGCUCUGUUAGCUCUUGGCCAGGAGUCUUGUUGUAUCCCCGACAAGGGUCCUUCGAAGGAGCGUGAGCGAAUCUCCACAUCAUUGUCAGAUCUCGCUGUCUCAGUCGGCGGUUUCUCUGCAAGGCCUUGCUGCCCAGCUACUUCCAAGGAAAGAGACGGCAUCGAAAACUGCCAGGAGAGUUGUUGUGACGUCAAACAACAAACCCCAGCGCAAUACGGCGCCUGUGCUGGCUCUUCAGCGACUUCUCAUCAUAAGGAUCGGCCAACACUCUCUAGCAUCGCGCAACACCAGGUUCAUUCAGGCUCCCGCCCAGGAGGGCCCACCUGCUGCGAUGAAGGCCCUUCUAUGGAACAGACGGGCACAACUCUGGACCCUGAGCAAGGCCUGUCUACUCACGAACACAUCGUCCUCAGUAUUACAGGCAUGACUUGUACCGGCUGUGAAACAAAGCUCCAUCGCACCCUUGGCACUUUCCCCGGCAUCAAGAACCUGAAAACCAGUCUGGUUCUUUCUCGAGCUGAAUUCGAUCUUGAGAACAGGUCCCUAGUUGAUGUUAUGAGGCACGUCGAAAGGACCACCGAGUUCAAGUGCGAAAGGGUGAAAAAGGGAGCCUCGGUUGAUGUCAUGGUGCCAGGAGGUGCAUCGGCAUUUAUGGGGGAGCGGUGGCCGAAGGGUGUGACAGACAUGGCCUUGGUCAACGACACAACUGUCAACAUAUCCUAUGACCCGCAACUUGUUGGUGCCCGGGAUCUAGUUGAGAGAGGCUGGGGCGUGCCCGUUGAGCUCGCCUCCCCUCAGCCAGAUGCCUCUCUGUCAAAUGGGAGCAGGCAUGUCAAGCACAUCGGACUCAUGACGCUCUCGUCCAUCCUUUUGACCAUUCCUGUACUGGUUCUUGCUUGGGCACCGCUCCACGGGCAUGAGAUUGCAUACGAAUCAGGCUCGCUUGCCCUGGCUACUCUGGUUCAAUUCUUGGUGGCCGGACCCUUUUAUCCCAAGGCCCUCAAGGCUCUCGUCUUCUCCCGUGUCAUCGAGAUGGACCUUCUCAUUGUCCUCAGCACCAGCGCCGCUUAUGUUUUCUCGGUCGUGUCCUUUGCAUUUCUUGUGACUGGAGAACCGCUGUCGACCGGCAGUUUCUUUGAGACAAGCACUUUGCUUGUCACGCUUAUCAUGGUCGGUCGCUAUGUGGCGGCCUUGGCUCGUCAGAAAGCCGUGGAAUCCAUCUCGAUUCGAUCUCUUCAAGUCAAUACCGCCAUUCUCGUUGACUUCCACGGUGACCACGGCAGGGAAAUCGACACCAGAUUGCUUCAGUUAGGGGACAUCUUCAAAGUCAUGCCUGAGUCUCGAAUUCCUACAGAUGGUACUACUCUUGCGGGAACGUCGGAGGUGGAUGAGUCCAUGGUCACGGGAGAGUCCAGACCAGUCGUGAAGUCCCCCGGGUCACCUGUUAUUGCGGGAACCAGCAACGGAUUAUCUCCACUGCUCGUCCGUGUCACUCGCAUCCCCGGAGACAAUACCAUUGACACCAUCGCCGCCAUGGUUGACGAGGCCAAGCUAUCCAAACCCACGAUGCAACGCCUCGCUGACCGCGUGGCAAGCUAUUUUGUCCCUGUUAUAUCGCUUCUCAUGAUCAUCACGUUCGCCAUCUGGAUUGCGGUUGGAAUCAGAGUACGUGGUGUAUCCGCAAGGGAAGCAAUCAUCGAGGCAGUUACAUACGCCAUUACCGUCUUGAUAGUUUGUUGUCCUUGUGCCAUCGGUUUGGCCGUUCCCAUGGUCGUUGUGAUUGCUACCGGUGUUGGGGCCGAACACGGUGUCAUCUUCAAGUCCGCUGAGAGUAUUGAGGUGGCGUACCAGGCAAAAUAUGUCAUCUUUGACAAGACUGGCACUCUGACCGAGGGCAAGUUAUCUGUCGUUUAUUACGACGGAACGGAUGGGGAGCUGGUCAACAUGUCGCUCCUUCUCGAACUGCUGGAGAGCACCAAACAUCCCGUCUCCCUCGCGGUUGCUACUUUUCUGAAGGACAAGGGUGUGUUGUCCUCCUCUACAGUCCAAGACAUCAGGUCUCUGCCCGGAAAAGGAGUUCAAGGCCGUGGCUUGGAUGGCCAAAUCCUUCAGGCAGGGAAUGUCCGGUGGCUCGAUGUGGAGUCUGACCUCCGUGUCCAGAUGCCUCAAGAAGCUGGCCACACGGUAUUUUGCUUCACAAUUGAUGGCAAACUUGCUGCAGUAUUUGGGCUCCAAGACACACUGCGAAAAGAAACAGCAACCACCAUUCUGUCCCUGCAAAACCGCAACGUAGCGGUCCACGUUCUUUCAGGAGAUGACGAUGGCCCUGUUCGGGCCGUCACUGAUCAACUGGGGAUACCCUGCUCCAACGUUCGCUCACGCUGUACACCGGCAGAUAAGAAGUCGUACGUUGAGGAUAUCCUAUCGCGCUCUCCGGAAUCCGUCGUCAUCUUUUGCGGCGACGGUACCAACGACGCAGUGGUUCUAGCACAGGCUACAGUGGGCAUUGCCAUCAGCCGAUCCCUAGACUCGACGGCAGAGCUGGCAGAAUCUGCUGCCGACAUCGUGCUCAUGCGGCCUGACUUGAAAGGCAUCCUAACCGUCAUGGAUUUAAGCCGCAAGUCAGUUCAUCGUAUAAUUUUCAACUUUGCCUGGAGCUUUGCCUACAAUUUAUUUGCUGUUCUGCUGGCAGCGGGCGCAUUUAUGUCACUCAACAAUGCAAGGAUUCCACCAGAGUUUGCCGGGCUGGGAGAGCUGGUCAGUGUGUUGCCCGUCAUUCUGGCAGCUGUACUUUUGAAGUGGGCAAGGUUCUGAACAAACCGGACGAAUUUAUUGGCUGUUUUGUCAAUAAUACAUGGCUCAAGAAGAGAAUAACAACACGAAUUCCCACCACGAACCCAUGCCACAAGUAGAAACAUACACCCAGCAUUCCUGAGCUCACAAACUAGCACGGUGUGUAGCCUCCAUAUGGCCCCGUUUAACCCCCAACCUCACCCGCCUGAUCCGGUCCAUCUUAUCCAACACCCUCGUCUCCAACCGCAACACGGUUUCCUUGUAGAAGGUCUGCGUGGUCCAUUCGAAUGAGCAUCCCAGCGCCCUCUGCAUGCCACCCUCACUUCCGCAAAUGAGCAGGGCUUGGGGCGGCCUUCGAGCCUGGAACAACGUCGCCGUCAUGCUGUACGUAUCAACCAGCGUGAAUACCUACGUGAUGCCGUUAGUCAGACGUCUGCCAUACGGGAAAGAAGAAAGGGAGCGACAUACCCUCAAAUCCCCCGGCCCAGCGUUCUUCGCCUCCUCCACCAUCCUCCUCGUCUCCUCCACAACAGUGGGAUCCUCACUCACAAUGUAUCUGCCCUCCUCUUCGAUCUUGUGCACCGCCAGUGGCGAGCUCGCAUACCAGCUCCACUUCAGCCUGCCCAUGUUGGCACCCCAUAUCUUGCGCUCAAUCUCGCCGAUGGGCAUGUACCCCUCGAACCCGAAGAAGAAGGGUUGGACGCCCCAGAACUUGCCGCCAUAGAGGAUGCGGAUGAUGAAGGGGGAGGCCACCAGGAUGGAGAGGGAAUAGGCGAGGAUAAAUGCGCCAAAUCCGCUGACUAGAGGCGAGGGGAUCAGGGCAAGGAUAGUGCCGACGAUCAAAGGGAUGAUGUUGACGCGCAGGAGCCACUUAAGGAUGCGGCGGAAGAGGGCGGGGUAUGAGGUUGUGAGGGGAGUGCAAAAUUCGGACCAGUGAACUGUGGCGGCGAGGCAGCCGUCAAGGAUGAUGGUAUCGGUCUCGGGAUUAAGCUGGGCAUGGGAGUAUUUUGGCUUUUGCUGCUGGGUGGAAGGACUCGGGAGUUCGGUCAUUUCUGUGACGGUGGGGGACCAAGACUUUUGGAUGGGGGAGUUGUAAGCUGGAUGCGAGAUCGACGUGGGCGGGCUGAGGGGAGCUUGGCUUUGGAACGAGACCUGAGAGCGGGAGGCAAGAUGGGUUCGUGGCUGGCUUGCAACUGAAGGGGGGUAUUGCCGCUUGGAGUGGGACAGGGGACUGGGUGGGAGGACCUUCUCGGAAGUAACCCCAUCAUCAUCUCGGUGGAAGAAUUCCUGGUCAAAUUCGCGCUCAUUCACCGCGUCCAUCUCGGCUUCCUGUUCGUUGUAAACUCCGAUGCCAGCCACCUGGACGCUGGGCUCAAUGUCCCAAAGUCGGGCACCAUACACGUCGGUUGUGUCGUACCACACCUGCUCUUCAUGUUGCAACAAGCAAAGCAUCCUCUCAAACAGUCGGUUGUUGUAAUUCUCGAGAGACAAGCGAGCGAACGCGAGGAAGGCAGAGUCACUUCGGUGAACUGAUGGCCGUCUGCCCAACAAUCCCAUGAGUGCAUAGGAGUAGUCACCAGGGAGGUACUGAGUCCCGGCUUGACGGGAGCUGAAGCAUUCCAAAGCAACUGUGGUGAGCUCGAGAUCGCUCAAUUUGAGGUUGCCGGAGUAGUGGUCGAUCAAGCGACGAACCUGGUAGCGAUCUCUCGACGUCUCGAGACACCGGGCAGCGAACUGGUUCUUCGGAAUGAUUUGCUUCCGAAUUGUGCCAUAUGGCGAUGCUGAAGAAUCCCGGAACGGGUCGGAGGCUUUGGCUGACGGCUCUUCCUCAUGAUCGGAGAAGUAGUAGCAUGUUAUCGUGGACCCUUUGCUGAGGAGAAGUUCUGGAAAGGUCCAGAUGGACUGAGACCAAGAAGACAAGAGGGCGUAGCAGGGGUCCUUGUCGCUGUUCAUGUCGACCGAAUUAUCCUCAUCAGGCAGUCUGCCGAGAGCUAUCGCCAUACCGCUCGAACCUCGCACAAUGUCGCUCAUUCUCCAGACGUCCAGAGACAACUCCUCCUCAGGCGCUGUGAAGCAGUUGUCACUGAUCCAAUAGCAGCUCAAACCAGCCUCUUUGGUUGCACGCCGGGCCAGCUCAUGGAGGGCUUCUUUAUCUUGGGGAGUCUCUGUUUGGAGCUGAGAGACUCUCCAGGCAACGAAGAGAUACUCGGGACAAUGCUUUGCGUUCUGUUUCAUCCACUUCAAGAUGUCAGUUGGCAUGGCGAGGUCACGGGUGGGUGUGGUGACAAACCUGCUUGACGUCGGUGGACUGAUACACCUGGUACUCUUCACCAUCCUGGACAACAACCUGCGGCUUCGUAUCCAACCAACACAGACGCCGAGGUAGCAAGAUGCGCUCAGUUCUCUCCGAUACCGCACGGCUAGUCUUCUCAGAAGGGGGGGCGGCAAAAAUGGCAGGUCUUUCUGUGACGGUCUUUUGGAACUGGAUCUCUCCCUGAUGGAUACUGUUAUCCAGGGGGUUGCGGCUAGUUUUCGGGCGUCCAAAGUAUCGGUACGGCACAGCAUCAUAGUUCCCGCCAUUCCUUACCUCUCCUCCUCCAGGUCUCACAGCAAAGUUCUGCUUGACAGUCAGCCCUCCUAUCUCUUGUGUGCGGGGUGGGCAAAGUAUCUCACCAAGAACAGCAUCAAGGGUGUGAUGGCAAGAGUUCGUCCGAUAACUUGAGCAAUGUCGCCAAAGCUGUACUCUUUGAUUGGCUUGUUGACGUCGUCAACGUGACCAAACACCCAGUUGGAUACCUUGAGGGGUGUAGGCCCGACAUUCUUGAUCUGUUUGCGUUUCCAGGUGCUGCCGCCUUUGCCGUUGCGAACAUCAUCGGUUGCCUGGACUUUAAGCUUGAUGAAUCUGCCACUGUUGUAGGAGAUGGUGCAAUCCGAGUAAACAUCACUGUACGUCCGGCCAAAGACAUCUCGAGACUUGUGCCGGGUCAGCUGGGUGUAUUUGUGUGUCGGGGUCAUUGUGACGAGAGACAGGCAAGGCACAGGGCCUAACGGUGGGCCACUUGGGCUUUGCUCCCGGUUUGAGCAGCGGAUUGGGUGUUGGAUUGUGCAGUUGAUGUCGGCUUGGGUCCACCUGCAAAGGUGGAUGGAGGUGCUUGCUGAGGGCGUGUCUGCUCGGUGGGGGGCUGCUCGGUAGGGGGCUGCUGAACUUUUAGUCGUUGAAACCUGGGUUUUGCUCUGGACAGUCCGUUUGACGAUUGGCCGUGGAGGCGGUCAGGGGCUGGCCAUCCAGGAGCCUGAGGUCAGUGUCAGCUUGUGUGACCAGUGGCGGGGCUCAAUGGAGGUUAUAUACUUGCCAUUCCAAUGCUUGUUGCUGGGGCUUUGGUGUAAUAGAUCACUCUAGAGUGUUUCCACUUGCAACAGAACAAGCGGAAUGUGAGUGGCGGGCAGGGUGGUGCAGGACGACGGUAAGAGCGUCCAUGGGAUCGAGCGGCUGAGGAUGUGCACCUAGAUAUAAUUUCCUUUAGGUGUUGCCAUGAGUUUCGAACGAGCCAUGGCUCGCUUGAUAC